AUGGCAAGGCAAACAACCUUUGCUACUACUCUCUUCACUAUCUUUCUCCUCCUCGCCGCGAACGCUGUGCUUGCCUAUAGAACCACUAUCCCCACCAUUGAAGUCGACAUCAACUUCAAAGGGGAUCGAUAUGGACGGUCCGAUUCGUGUGAGGAGGAGAUUGAAGAGAAAGAUUUAAGCGUGUGCAAGGCUUUCAUAAAAGGAGGAACCCUAUCUACGAUCCUUGCAAUGCCCGGGGAUCGUCAGAGCUACAAUAAACUAAGCGAUCGUCUAGGUUGUUGUCGCGAACUUGGGAAGUUCGAUGAGAUUUGUGUGUGUGAUGCAUUGAAUUAUGUUAUCAAGGAAGCAGAUGGAGGAGAUGAUGCGGUUUCGAGGGCACAGAACCUGCUCAUAUACUGCCGAAUGCCGUUGGGUUGCAACUUCGGGAAAAAGAGACUGCUUGCGUAG